CACGAACCAUAGAAGAAGAGCAGCAGGAGGUUAGAAGAGCAGUUUGAUAUGUGUUUCUGAGUGAAAUGAAUGUGUUGUGAAGGUGAUUAUGGAUGAAGUGACUGGAGCUCAGCUGAUCGCUGAGGCGCUCAAAUCUCAGAAUGUGGAGUACAUGUUUGGCAUUGUUGGCGUGCCUAUCAUCGAAGUGGCCAUGGCUGCCCAAGCAGCGGGCAUCAAGUAUGUUGGCAUGCGCAAUGAACAAGCAGCCUGCUAUGCAGCAUCUGCUAUUGGGUAUUUGACAGGACGGCCAGCUGUGUGCCUGGUUGUGUCUGGACCUGGGCUGAUUCAUGCGCUUGGAGGAAUGGCCAAUGCUAACAUGAACUGCUGGCCUGUCAUUGUCAUUGGCGGCUCAUCUGAUAGGAACCAAGAAACCGCAGGAGCGUUUCAGGAGUUCCCUCAGGUUGAAGCUUGUCGUCUGUAUAGCAAGUUUUCUGCUCGACCAAGCAGCCUUGAGAUGAUACCAGCCGUAGUUGAAAAAGCUGUAAGGAGCAGCAUUUAUGGCCGUCCAGGAGCGUCCUACAUAGACAUAGCUGGAGACAUGGUGAACGCCAAAAUAGACCGGGUCAAUGUCAGGUUUGUUUCCUGUUGUCCUGCUCCUCCUGUGAGUCAGGCUGACAGCAGGGAGAUCACACAGGCUGUCAGGCUGCUCAAAGCGGCUCAGAGGCCUCUGAUCAUCAUCGGCAAAGGUGCGGCGUAUGCCAGGGCAGAGGAGGAGGUCAGGGAGCUGGUGGAGGUGACUGGGAUCCCUUUCCUCCCCACACCUAUGGGGAAAGGAGUACUGCCGGAUGACCAUCCUAACUGUGUUGCUGCAGCCAGGUCCAGAGCUUUAUUGCAGGCUGAUGUUAUAGUGUUGCUGGGUGCCAGACUCAACUGGAUCCUGCACUUUGGUUUUCCACCCAGAUUCAGUCCCCAUGUGAAGAUCAUUCAGGUGGAUCUGUGUGCUGAAGAGUUGAGUAAUAAUGUGAGAGCUGCAUCUGCUCUACUUGGAGACAUAGGAGCUGUGGCCAGACAGCUGAUGGAAACCGUAAGAUCCUGGAGAUUUCCUUCUGAUUCACAAUGGUGGUCAACACUGAAGGAGAAAAUGACUGCCAAUGCUCAGAUAUCAAAGAGUCUUGCUCUCCAGUCCACUCUGCCCAUGAACUACUACACAGCGUUCCACCACAUUUCUGAGCUCCUGCCCAAAGACUGCAUCAUAGUGAGUGAGGGAGCGAACACUAUGGACAUUGGCCGCACCAUGCUGCUCAAUUACCUCCCACGACACAGGUUAGAUGCUGGUACUUUUGGCACUAUGGGGGUGGGUCCAGGAUUUGCCAUUGCAGCAGCAGUUUUGGAGCAGACGCAGAAGAGUGCUCAGAGAGUGGUGUGUGUAGAAGGAGACAGUGCCUUCGGUUUCUCUGGCAUGGAGGUGGAGACAAUGUGCAGGUAUAAACUGCCAGUCAUCAUCAUAGUAAUCAACAACAAUGGCAUCUACAGUGGAGUGGAUCCAAAGACAUGGAAAGAGAUGGAAAAGAUGGGAGACAUGACCACCAUUGCUCCUCCGGUUACACUGUUACCAGAGGCACGGUACGAGCAGGUGAUGAGUGCGUUUGGGGGUCGUGGGUAUCUGGUCCGAACAGUGGAGGAACUCCGCAGUGCACUACAGGAAAGUCUGAACAACACACAGAUGCCCAGCCUCCUCAACAUACUUAUAGACCCAGCCUCAGACCGCAAACAACAGGAGUUUCCCUGGCUGACACGUUCAAAUCUGUAGAGCUGAGAGAGAUAUCGCAGGAGAUCGGAUCAUGUCUUGAUGACCAAACGCUGUUUCUUAAUUUACUGUAGGUGGCACCAUUUCCUAUAAAAAGAAAAGCUGUAUCAUUUUGAAAGUUAAUUUCUAUAGAUUCCAGUUCUUUCUAUUAGUACCUAAAGGGAAACUUCGCUUAAAAAUAAAAGGUCUGGCAUCCUUUACCUCGUCGUUUUAAACCUUUAUGACUUCACUUUUUCUGUGGAACACUAAAGUAGAAUUUUCUUGCACAUCUUUACAUACAACAAGUUUUUACAUUUGUAGUACCAGUUCCUUCAUCCUGAAAUCAAUAGGUUAUUAGUUAAAUGGUUGAAAUUACGUCUGUGGUUUACACAAACUCAAAAUACAGUACUGUACCGUUUCAUAUUUUCUGCAGUUAUCCAAAAGCCUUAUUGAAUUUUUGUUGAGGUAACCCUAGUAAAAAAGUAAUAUAUUUCAAAUACAUUUAUUUCAUACUAAGCAUAGUUCAAAUCUAGUAACAAAUUUCCUGACAUAUCGCUCAAGACUUACUGAUAUAAAAUUAUAAUUCAACUGUAUUUGCAGUACUACUUGAACACAAUGCACGUCUUAAUAUUAAGCCUAAAAUGUGUUUUAAUGUCACUAUUGAUGAGGAUUGUAUGAUCUUUGAAUAAUAUCGGUCUUUAUAUGCAAGAUAUUUAAAAUGUACCUGAAGUAUACUUACAAUAGUUCCACUUUAGCACAAUAAAAAUAUACUUCAGUAUUUCAUUAGUUGGACUUCAGCACUACUUCUGCACAAUUAAAGUGCAUUAAGCACAAAAUUAGUUUUUCCAAUUCAGCAGAUUUUAAGUAUACCAGUUUAGAAUGUUAAAAGUACAAAUGCAGGGUUUUUUUUAAGUACAUAAUAUGUAAAUGUAUUUGUAGUAUACUUAGCAUGAAAUAAAUGUAUUUCAGAUACAUUUUAGUAUAUUUAUUUUUCACUGGGGAAACCUAUUCCAGGUUGGCUUACAAAGAAUAUGUCAUCCCUGCAGCACUUUGAUGUGACCAUGUCUCUCAAACUCGCCAAAAAAGCACUAAAGAAGCACUAUGAAAGUAAUUAAUAUGAUUUGUGCACCAUAUUUCUACUAAGAGCUUUUUUAUCUACCAUGCCUCUUUCACCAUGCCUUUUUUCCUCAAAAGUCAUACAGGUUUGAAAUGAAAUGAUGAUUUUGAGGUGAACUAUUCCCUUCAUAGAGAAAAUGCUAACAAUGUCUAAUAACAAAUUAAGGGACAUUUGGCAGUUUAGACUAUGCACUGUGUAUUUGAUUAUUUUAAUUUGCAAUUGCACCUGAUCUCAGGUCAGUGUUGUGUGCGCUGCUCCAGAGGGCUUCUGUUUAAGCUCAUCUUGUCUCUCUGGGUAAUUGAGGUCUUCUGGCCUCAUCUUCUGCUCUUUCAUAAAGUAUCAUUACUGUGCUGCUUUAUCACAGAGCAAGAGAGCAUCUUCUCCUUGGCUUUGACAGAUCCCACCAGGUGUGGAAAUGUUCCCAACAACUUUACAACAUAUAAAAACUUAUUAAAAGCACCAUUGUCAUAGCCAAAUCUGAAAAUGUUUGAAAAAGUGGGAAUGAUAGGAUUGUACAAAAGCAGGCACUCUAUUGAAGCCUUAUCGUUUUUUAAUUGUUGUGCACAAACAAAAAUGGCCUUACUUGCUGUGCAUUGUUAUUGUAUAAAGAAUUAUAGUGAUUUUAAAUAUAUUUUUCUAAUAACAACUUCACAAUUAAUGUAAUUUGAUGUUCUUUGAAAGAUUUUGUUUCCAGGGGAAGUGAUGGGAAAUUAAAAUGCGAUUCAGAAGA